UUCCCCCUACACCAGUUACCCACCAGGACUUUUUCGUCGUUUGAACUUGAUCGACCGACCAACCCAGUUUUUUCCCGUUCACACUCUGUCUCUCUUUGCAUCCUCUCUCGUCUUCGUUAAAAUCCUCCACACUGUUUCCAUGUCUAUCUAUUUUACACAACUACUUGUAGUUGUACAACCCCGGCCAGCAGCAUAAGUAACUGCGGUUUGCUACCUCCGUUUUCACCAAGUCAAUAGCAACCAACCAACAUAUCGACUGGAGAGACACAACCACGGGGGAAUUUUCGGAGUAUUAAUUUCCGGUUUGAAUUUGCCUUUGAGAACCAGCUCUACAGGAAUGAAUGCCAAUCGAGUUGCUAGGAAUUAUUGGUGAAAUUGACUGACCUAAUAGGGAGAUCAAGAUACCCAAUCCAUACCUUAAAAUUUCAGCAACUUCAGAUAAUUCAAUGGACUUCAAAAAUGUAGGAAUCGUGGAUGUAGGGAUGGCAGUAGUGCAGCAACUAUGGAAUGAGGUAACACAACAGGCAAUGGAACUUGGGAGUGAAACAAGCGAUGUCGUGCUUAACAAGGGCAGCUUUCAGGAAUUCUCCAAGACUAUUUUUGAGCUGAAAAUGCUCCUUGCUUCGCUGAAUGCCCAGAAAAUUGUUGAUGCAACACAUUCAGAAUCCACAACCGCUGCAUUAGAGACCUUGAGUUUUCAGCUGAAAAAAGCCUGCAAGAUCAUUAAAGAUUACAAAUCUGGAAGCCGCAUCCGUCUCUUAUUUAAGUCACACUCAAUACUCUUGCAGAUGCAGGAUGUUGCCAAAGAUAUUGCCAAGGCCAUUUCCUCGUUUCAGCUGAUCAAUCUUGACAUCGCCCUGAACUUGAAGAAUAUGACUAACCAGAUCAUUGACAAUCUGAGCACAAUGGAGUUUCAGUCAGCACUAGCAACAGACAAAAUUGCUUCAGAAAUAGAGGAUUCAAUAUCCCAGAACAGUAAGGAUCAGGAGAACGCUGUAAAGCUCCUGGGGAAGAUUGCAGAAGCGGUUGGUGCUAGUAUGAAUGCAUCCAUGGUACAAAAUGAGCUGGAACUUCUGAAGCAGGAGAAAGAAGAAAUGGAAGAUCAAAAGAAGCAGGCAGAGGCACUUCAGUUAUCGCAGUUGAUACAGUUCUUGUACAGUACAGAAAUUGUAAUGAGGCCACAGGACGAGAUAAUUGCCGCAUACCACCAGCAAUACCCAAUUGAUUCAUUCAUAUGUCCAUUGUGCAACAACAUGAUGGCAGAUCCGGUUGCGAUCCUUUGUGGCCACAGCUUUGAGAGGAAAGCGAUACAGGAACACUUCAAAAGUGGAGAGAGAAAGUGCCCCACCUGCAAACAGGAGCUUCUAUCUAUGGACCUUACUCCAAAUCUUUCUCUUAGAAACUCUAUAGAAGAAUGGAAACAGCGGGAUAUGGACUUAAAAUUCCAAGCUGCGGUGCCUGGAAUCACCUCAAAUGACCUUUCCAGACAGAAAAAGGCCUUAGAGAAUCUGCAAGUUUUGCUGGAGGUACCUUCAUAUGCAGCCAAGUUUGCGGAGGAAGGACUCAUACGAAAGUUGGUGGAGAUCCUAAAAGACAAAGAGCUAGACAGUGCAGCAGCACUAAAAUGCCUUUACUGCCUAGCUAAAUGUUGUGACAAUCAAAAGGUAAGCAAAUGCUGGGUAAUAGUAUCAGCUCACCACACUUCCAUUUCAUCUAUAAACCAACUAAAUGUGAGAACUUUUGUUGCUUGGAACUUGCAGGAAACCAUUAUUAAAGCUGGGGCUGUUCGUUGCAUCGUGAAGCAGAUAUAUAAAGAUGGCACAGAACCUGAUGCCAUUGCAAUCUUGUUGGAGCUGUCAGAAAGAGAAACACAUGCGGAGAAAAUUGGAAGUACAAAAGAUUGCAUUCCUCUUUUGGUUUCUUUACUCGCUAACAAUAACCCUGACAUUUCACAGAAAGCCCACAAAGUGUUGCAGAACCUCUCCUCCAACACACAUUUUGUGGUCAAGAUGGCUGAAGUUGGACACUUCCAACCAUUUGUGGCUCGCUUCAACCAAGGACCUCAAGAGACCAGAACAUUGAUGGCUGCAGCAUUGAUAGAGAUGCAACUCAAGGAGAGCAGCAUUAAGGACUUAAAAAACAAGCAGUUCAUACAUAAUUUAGUCCAGAUGCUCUCUUCUAGUGCCCCAGCAUGCAAAGUAGCUUGCCUCAGAUCUAUCAAAAAGCUUGUAGAGUACCCCAAGAUGGUAAAGCGACUUCUGAAAGACCCUGUUACAAUACCACAUUUGCUUGGUCUCAUUUCAUUUGUCAGGUCUGACCCACAUGAGAAACAAGAAGCAGCUGAGAUUCUUGCUCUACUGAUUGGAGCCAGUCAGCAAUUUGAACUUCAGAAAUAUCGGGGCUUGCAGGAACUGCAAUCAAACCACAAUGUCAAUCUCCUUUUGCAGGUCGUAGCCAGCUCCGAUCCUAAAACUAAGGUUAAGUUCUUACACCUGCUGGUUGAGCUCAGCCAAAAAUCUGAGACAGCUCAAAACCUAAUUCGAUCAGAUGAGGAUGCAGUCGGGCAACUCUUCUCUUUGCUUCACAGUGACCAGCCUGUGGUGAAGCGGUGGACAAUGAGGCUCAUAUACUGCAUUUCUGAAGGUCAUCCUGCUGGGGUUCCACUACCACCGUCUCCUGCAAAAGAAACAGCAAUCACCACCCUGGCAGGCAUCCUCAUCUCUUCACCAGAUACUGAAGAAAGGUCCAUUGCUGCUGGAAUCAUCAGCCAGCUUCCAAAUGAUGAUGUUGAUAUUGAUGAGAUACUCCGCAAAUCAGACACAUUAAAAGCCAUUCAUGAGGUGAUUUGCAGUGCCGAUGAGGAAACUGAUGGAAACAUGGCUCCUGCUGGCCAUGGGCCUUCUUUGCUAGAAAAUGCUCUAGCUGCACUUUUACGAUACACAGAACCUACCAAACCUGAACUUCAGAGGCAAGUGGGCAAACUUGAACUGUACCCAUCGCUGGUUCGUGUUCUCUCCAGGGGAAGCUCACUUGCCAAGCAGCGGGCAGCCAUUGCACUUGCCAAACUAUCCCAAUAUUCCACCAGCCAGUUAGUCUAUGAUGCAACCAUCGUGGCAAAUCAAGCCAAGCACUCCAUGCCACUGAUGAAUGUGAUGAAGCUCCUAACAAACAUGUCCCGGUGUUGCUCAACCUCAUCAGAGAAUGUAAGUAUAUGUUCCGUUCAUGGUGCCGCUUGUUCAUCUAGAGAUACAUUCUGCCUUGUCAAGGCAGAUGCAGUGAAGCCACUGGUGCGAACUUUGAGUGAGACGGAGUCUGGUGUAGCAGAGGCAGCUUUAAUGGCACUUGAAACAUUGCUAACAGAGCAUAGCACACUGUCUCGUGCAACUGCAGCCAUUGUGGACAGCCAGGGAGUGGUGGCCAUUCUACAAGUCCUGGAGAAGGGAUCCUUGUCUGCCAAAACCAUAGCCUUAGAUCUCUUCCAGAAGAUCCUAAGGAAUACACAGAUCGCCGAUACAUUAUUUCAGCGGUCCGAGGGGAUCCUCAUCCAGCUUCUGCAUGAUGCUGAACUAAAGAAAAAAGCAGCUUUGGUGCUAAAGCAAAUGAAAGUUCUUCCAGACCAAUCUUCAUACUUCUGAGUUCAUUUGGUUCUAAAGCAGGAAACUAGAGUAACGCAUCUGGUCUUCAACCGUAUAACAUCAAAAGGGGCCUCGUAGAGUGUUGAAAACAGUUAUUGAUGCACUACGCGCUUGACAAAACUUGAUAGCGAAGGAGAAUGAAUGUGCUCAAGAUCGAACUUCAGCUUGGGAACGUUGAAAGUUUUCUUGGUGAGAUAAUGCCAUGCUACUGGCUCUAAUAUUACGAUCGAGAUGAUGGACCUGCCAAAAAGUAGGCAGAGAAUACCGGUUCAAUGAUCUCAGACAAUUUUAUUACACAAGUGUACAUGUGAAUAUUUCCAGGAAUAGAAACAAGCAUAACAUUUCUGAUGGGCAUAAAUACUAAAUAGCCAUUGUUGGCCUUGUACAGAAGCUGCAGCAGCACCUGAAAUCAGAUUCUGCGGAUUAUAUUUAUACCAUCCAGUUUUCAAGCUACAGUCCACUUCAAAGAUAAACUAAACAAAAAUCUCCGCCUGAUAGUGUAAUUGUCACUUCAUUUGUAGGAGAAUCGGUACAUAGUUUAGAAACCGACGACGUUAUUUUGUAUGACAUGGGACAAUAUGCAAUUUUUUUGUGUCUCAGACUCGAGACAUGAUCUCCAAUCAAUGUCAUCAAUGACGCGGCACAUGAAACUGAAAACCAUAAUUUUGUGUUAACAACUUUCGCUACAAAAAUACGAAAUGUGAUUGA